AUGGAUCAUAAUCAUUCAAGUAAUUUAUUUAGAUUUUCUUCAAUUAGAUUACCUAAAUCUGCCAAAUUAAGAAGUUUUGGUAUUUAUUUACUGGGAGCUUUAUUUUCAAUUGGAUUUUGGACAUUAAUCGAUUCAUCAAUUUAUUCUAAAACUAUCAAUGCAAGUGAUGUGCACAUUACUAUUGUUGAUUGGAUUCCAUUUAUUUGUUCUAGUUUUGGGAUGUUGAUUGUUAAUUCUAUUGAAAAAUCAAAUUUAUUGAUGAAUCCUGAUCAACAAGGCUUUGGUAUGAAUGGAAAUGGUAAUGCUUGGGCUGCUAGAGUUAUCUUAUUUUUAGGAUUUAGUUUGUUAGCUGGUGGAUUAGCUGGUAGUUUUAUGGUUUUCAUAUUGAAAUAUUUGAUGAAACAUUACACUUUCCCAACAUUGGGUAUGGGAGUUAGCAAUAUAAUCUGUAAUGGAUGUAUCAUGUUCAGUUGUAUUGUUUUAUGGUUGAGUCAAAACAUAGAAGAUGAAUACAGUUAUAGCUUAGCUUUGUAG